GAAAGUCACCGAGUUUAGGGAAUAAAAUAAAAUGUCCUGGUUAACGAAAAUAAUUAUUAUAUUUAUUUUUUUGAUGCAGAUACAAUUGGCUCAACUGAUAAGGUAUCUUGAUGAAGGCGACACCUUCGAUGGCUUUAGCUCCAUAUUUCAAAAGCCAAAGAAGCAACGAAGCUGGGACCUGGAGGAGGAACUCGAUCCAGAUCGGGAUCAGUGGAAGGGCAAUGCCUACAUGGACUCGCAAUCGGGCAUCUGUCCCGCCGAGAAUCCGCAUGAUGUGAGAUAUGAGAAGAAGAAUCGCUGCAAGACGGCCAAGAAAAUCGUCAAGGAUGAGGACGAUGACGAGGAUGCCGAUCCUGCGGCCAAUAGUGAUGGUGACGAUGAUAGCAACGAUUGCCACGAAGACGAUGGCGAUGAUGAGACCGUUGGAGAAGAGGUAACCGAGGAGAUUAGUAUCGAAGAUGAGGCCUUCGUGGCCAGAAUCAACUGUUUACUGGGUGCGCUGCACAAGCACACCAAAGCCAUGACCGACAACCUCAAGGUCCUUCAAUCGCGUUUGACCAAGAAAAAGGACACCUCUUGCAGAAGCAACCACCAUGGCACCACGCCCACGGAACAUCCCAUUGUCAAAUGGUCCAAGAAGCCGGAUUUCUAUGGGCUAAGCGAGCCGUGUGGUGACGAGCGAUGUUAUGCCGAUGAGAGUGCGAUGAUGAACAGGGAUGUGCCACCAGAAGUGCCUCUAACUGAGGAUCGUCGAGUGCUGGUUCCACCUCUAUUGCAACUCUUCCAUGGUCCUGCCCAGCUGCAAGCCACACUAAACAGCGGCCAGGACAUCACGGGAUCAAAGUCGAGAUACUGGAUGCCCUCGCCGGAAUCCUCUCCAGAAGUUCAGGCUUCAUCGCCAGUGCAACCGGAGGAGAAAACUCCAAUACGAUACGAGGAGUACGAGGCUAGGUUGCGGCGCCUCAUGGACAAUCGGGAUGAGAUCGAGCGCAAUGUGAUGAAGAUGAUGAAUCCAUCGUAGUAGAAUGAAUAUAUAUCAUAAAUGUAACU